UGAUCAGUGCCAAGAGUUCAAGAAAGGUUUCAAGUUAGAGUGUUACAAAAUGUUGCAAAUUUGGUAUUGGAUUAAAUAUUUUAUACAUUAUCCAUGGGAUCGAACAAAGUCACUGGUGAAUGCUGUUGAAACAGAAAAUUUUAAUAAUGGCACUGCUCCAUAUACAACUUCUCUCUCAAGAUCUCCCGGUUGGUUGUUACUGAAUUCCCUUUGUAAUCAACCCAAGUUGACCAGAGCCGAUUUGAAAUGGUUCCUAGAAAAAAUUCAACCUCUCAUCCAGUUCAAGGCCGAACAAAAUUACAUAAAUAUGGACGGUAAUACGUCUAUAAUGAGCUUAUUCAUCAACCAGCGAGAUUAUAAAUUGCGCAUGAAAUUGUUUGAAUUACUAUUGGAAAACGGGGCCGACAUUACGCUAGUCAACAAGUUGGGCGACACCAUAUUACAUAUAAUUCUUGAACUGGGUCAACAAUUUCCAAAUAUUGUAAGAGCAGUUGAAUUGCUGUUAAAGCGUGGAGCAGAUGUAAAUGCCCAAAAUUUUCGCGGUGAAACUGCACUUCAUAAGGCGGCAUACUCUCAUAGUCUAAAAGUUAUGGAACUGCUUCUGAAAAAUGGUGCUAGACCAAAUAUCGUUACUCUGAGGAAGUCGACAGCGCUAAACUACAUUUGUGACAUAAGUACAUUGGGAAAAGUCCACUUAAAAAUGAUUCAGCUUCUUAUCCGAUACGAAGCCGACGUUAAUAUCAAAGAUUCAAGUGGUCACAGUCCACUGCUUAACCUUUUCAAGAAUCGCAAAUAUUGUGAAAAUCAGUAUUGGGAUUGCAAAAUAGUCUUUAAAAUCUUUAAGUUACUUGUGGAAAAUGGCGCUGAUGAUAAAAUCGUUGACACAUCUGGCGAACCGAUAAUGCACAUGAUCGCAGAUUUUUAUGCACAUACAUCUUGGAUCGCAGAAGCGUUUGAUAUUCUUUUAAAAAGAAUGGAAGGUGAAGACAGAAUUUUUGCAUUGCACAACGCGGUUCGUCGUGGACAAGUAAAAGUCGUUGCAUCGCUAUUCAAAUGUGGCGCUAAUCCAAAUAUGAUCGAUGCCCACCUCAACAUACCCUUGAAUUAUACCUUCGCAAGUAUUGAUACAGGAGUGAGUUACAUAUCGGAAUAUAUUUUUAAAAGAUAUUUGAAUAUUCUGAAAAUCAACAUCGAAAAUAAGGCCAACCUUUCUCACAUCGGUGGUAUUGACGGGACCAUAUUGCACUCAAUCAUUAUAAAAUUAAGCUCACAUAUUUUCAGACCCAGGAAUACACUCGAUGAGAAUUACAUAAAGGCGAUUUUAAAAUAUACACGUACGUAUAUUGAAAUACUUUUACAAAAUGGAUUAGAUGUUAAUGUUGAAGAUAGAAAUGGACGUACCCCGCUCAACGAAGCCGCGUCACACUUCAAUUACGACAUAGUCGAAUUUCUUUUGAGUCACGGGGCCGACGUUCAAACUGUGACAUUCGAAGGUGGAUUUUUGAGAGAAAAAUUAAUGCCCUUACAAAAUUUACGGAUGACUUUGAAUGUCCAAGCUGUUAUCGAAGAAUUGGAGGACCACGACUUUCAAAUGACCCAUGAUCAUUAUUUCUCAAUUUUUAAAUUUUUAAUUGUACCUAAUGAGCCUCUUAAGUUUGAGUUUCAUUCGGAUAUUUUGCAACUAGGUUCUAGGGGUUUAAUUAAAAAACUCGUGGAAAGUUUGCCCUCUUUAAAUGCAUAUGAAACUGGAGCAUUAUACGAUUGUCUGAUCGAACAUCUGCAGUUUGUACAAUAUGGAAUGAUGUACAUGGACAUUGAAACACACAAUUAUUUGCAAAAAAAGUGCGAAACACGAUUAAGAUCGCGCCCCAUUACACACCUUAGAAAUGUUCGGAGAGUCAAAGAAGAGCUUGAUCUGGCUAGAAAUAGGAAUGUAGGCAAUAACAUUUCACUUUUGGACCUUUGCACUUCUAAUCCGGAUAAAACGUAUAAGUUAUUAAAGAAUUCUGAUUACUUAUCGGCACUAAACAAUCACAUUUUUAAGUAUAAAACAAUCGGAGCAAUUAUCAGAGGUUGCGUUACUAAAAGUUUAAUAAGAAACUUAAUUAAACACAUAACUUGUGACGUUGUUGUACAAUUCUUUGGUCUACCUUUUGAUUGUUGUCUUGAGAUAAUCACAUAUUUGGACAGCGAAGACAUCUUUAACGUAUAUAGAGCAGCUUUCAUUGAAGAGUUGUAAUCCGAUACUCAUAUUUAUGUUUAGGACAUUGCCUGAAUCGUAGUUAUUAUCAUACCGUCAUCUCAAAUCGACUAAUUCUUAUAUAUGCCUUAUAUAAAAUUAUAAUGUACUUUGUGAAAAAAAAUUGUAAUCUUUCUAAAUGUAUACUAGGAAGAACGUAUUGAAUUGUAAUUUUACCUUCACUCACUCUGUAUUUGCAAGAACCUACUUAAUGUUGUACAUAAAGUCAUUGUAAAUAACGAAUAAAAUGAUAUAAUAUUGAUUACACGAAUAAUCAU